UGUUAAUCGCAAUCGCAAAAAGAGAGACUGAACAUCAUUGUGCAUUUCAACUGCCAAAAUAGUGAACAUUGCGAUUGAAGUCGCAAGGUCGCAAAUAUGGAGGCACAAGCACACAAACCUCAUCGCAAAUCAAAAGAGAAGAAGCAGCAGCCUGUCGGUGAUCGCAAUCCUAAAGCCUUUGCUUUCUCUAGGCCUGGCAAGCUUCACCGUGCCGCUGCUAGAUCCCAUGAUGUAAAAGAAAAGCGGCUGCAUGUCCCCCUCGUCGACAGAUUACCGGUGGAACCUGCUCCGAGACUUGUGGCAAUCGUUGGACCGCCUGGUGUUGGAAAGACAACCCUAUUAAAGUCACUCAUUCGCAGAUAUGCGAAGGAGACCAUCACGGACCCCCAAGGUCCCAUCACCAUUGUCACAUCCAAGAAACAGCGGCUGACAUUCCUCGAAUGCCCGAACGAACUCGAAGCGAUGGUGGACAUAGCCAAGGUGGCUGAUAUCGUUCUCCUCAUGAUUGACGGGAAUUUUGGCUUUGAGAUGGAGACCAUGGAGUUUUUGAAUGUCCUGGCUGCUACAGGUAUGCCUGGCAACGUGUUCGGCAUCCUCACCCACCUGGAUCUUUUCCGAAAACCACAGGCUCUGAAAGAUGCAAAGAAGAGGUUAAAGCACAGAUUAUGGACGGAGCUGUACCAGGGCGCACACUUAUUUUACCUGUCUGGUGUCAUAAAUGGGCGAUACCCGGAUCGGGAAAUCCACAAUCUAUCUCGCUUCCUCUCCGUUAUGAAAAAUCCUCGGCCGCUGAUUUGGAGAAACUCACACCCUUACGCCGUCAUAGACAGUUUUCGCGAUAUCACGCACCCUACCCAGAUUGAGGAGGACGAAAAUUGCGAUCGAUCAAUUGUUCUUUCUGGAUAUCUCCGGGGUACCAACUUUUCAGGUCAUAAUCAAAGCGUUCAUAUCCCCGGACUCGGAGAUUUCUCAGUAUCAAGUAUAGAAGCCUUACCUGACCCUUGCCCAACACCCGCCAUGGAGCAAGCUAUUGCGAAAGCAACGGGGAAAACAGGUAGACGAAGACUAGAUGAAAAGGAAAAGAAGCUUCAUGCUCCCAUGUCUGAUCGAAGUGGUUUAAAAAUUGAUGGUGACGCCAUCUGGAUUACCAGAGACAAGGGAUUCACCUUCGACAAAGACGUCAAUUACGCGGAGCGUGGUGAGGGUGAAGAACUUAUCAUAGGACUCCAAGGGGAAAGACGAUUGUUAGGUGAAACAGAAGACGGCCUUCAACUCUUCCGGGGCGGCGAAAAGAUAACGAGCGUUCCCGAAGAAGAAGACACGGGACGAAAGAAACAACGGACCGUGAGAUUUGCCGAAACGGAUGGGGACGAAGAAGAAGUUCCAGAUGAUGAAGGCUUCGUCAGCGGUGAAGACGAAGCUAAUUCGGACGAAGAGCCCGAGUUUAACGAGAAAAAGCUGGGAAAGAUGUUCAAGGAAUCAGACAAAGAUGCUGGCGAAGACGAUAUUGCAUUCGCCGAUAGCGACUCUGAUCUAGGUUCUAUCUCAGGUGACGAAUUCGACGAAGAUGGCGAGACCGAAGACGAAGAAGACGAAGAAGAUGAGUACGAUGAUGAAGAGGAGUCUGCUCUCCGCUGGAAGGACAAUCUAGAUGGGAAAGCACAAUUACUUCACGGUAGUCAACGAUCUUACCGGACGGCAGAUCUUGCACGUCUAAUGUAUGACGAGGCUUUAACGGCUGAUGAAGUACUACGAAGAUGGAAAGGGGAAGUUGAGGCAGACCCCCUGGAGGAAAACAUCGAAGAUUCUGACGACGAGGAUUUCUUCAAGAAAGCAAAGCACGACGAUGAUGCUACCUCAGAAGACCGCCCCAUUCCUCAACACGACUAUGAUCAACUAGCAGCUAAAUGGUCACUGGAAGAUAACCUUGAACAGCUUCGCCAGCGUUUCACUUCGACCACUCUAGGUGGGGGUGAUGAAGAAGACGGGUUCGAUGGGUUUGACGAAGAGAACAAAGACGAUGAGGGAGAUGGUGAAUUUGAAGAUCUCGAAACAGGCGAACAGCAUAAGGCAAAGCCUGAGCCUGUAGAAAGCCUAGAAGCAGAGCGUGAAAGGAAUGCACGACGGAAAGAAGAACUGAAGCUUAGGUUUGAAGAAGAAGAUCGUGAAGGUUUCAAGAACGACAAGGCGAAUGCUAGGCGCGAAGCUGGCGAUGAUGAAGAGUUCGGUGAGGAUGAAUGGUAUGACGCACAAAAGGCGCUUAUUCAGAAGCAGCUCGACAUCAACAAUGCCGAAUUUGAAGCACUGGAUGAACGACAAAGAGUUGCAGUCGAAGGCUUUAAAGCCGGCAAGUAUGCCAAGAUCUUGAUUGAGAAAGUUCCUGCAGAAUUCGUCACUAGCUUCAACGCUCGAAUGCCUAUUAUAGUCGGAGGCGUGCUCCCAACCGAAGACAGGUUUGGAUUUGUUCAAGUCCGAAUCAAGAGGCAUCGAUGGCACAAGAAGAUUCUCAAAACCAACGAUCCCCUCAUCUUUUCUCUCGGGUGGAGGAGGUUCCAGUCGCUCCCAAUAUAUAGCAUUUCGGAUUCGCGGACUAGAAACCGUAUGCUUAAGUAUACACCAGAGCAUAUGCAUUGCUUUGGGACAUUCCAUGGUCCACUCAUCGCACCUAAUACUGGUUUCGUCUGCUUCCAGUCGUUCUCAUCCGCCAAUCCAGGCUUUCGAAUCGCUGCGACGGGAACCGUUCUCUCCGUCGACGAAUCUGUUGAGAUCGUCAAGAAACUCAAACUCACGGGUAUUCCCUACAAGAUCUUCAAAAACACUGCCUUCAUCAAGAACAUGUUCAACAGUUCACUCGAGAUAGCUAAGUUCGAAGGCGCUGCCAUUAAAACCGUGUCCGGUGUUCGAGGCCAGAUCAAACGUGCACUUUCCAAACCUGAUGGUCAUUUCCGAGCUACAUUCGAAGACAAGAUCCUGAUCAGCGAUCUGGUAUUCCUCCGCGCAUGGUAUCCUAUCAAGCCCCACCGCUUCUACAACCCCGUUACCAAUCUACUUGGAAAUUGGCAGGCGAUGCGGCUCACGGGUGAGGUUCGUCGAGAUCAGGGAAUCCCUACGCCUGAAGACCGCAAUAGCAAGUAUAGAACCAUCGAACGAGCAACGCGUCACUUCAAUCCUCUCAAGGUGCCCCGCGCACUAGCGGCAGAGUUGCCGUUCAAAUCACAGAUAAUACAGACAAAGCCACAGAAGCGCAAGACGUAUAUGCAGAAGCGCGCAGUGGUACUGGGUGGAGAAGAACGAAAAGCGCGAGACUUGCUUCAGAAGCUGACCACGAUUCGAAAGGACGCGGUGGCACGACGUCGGGCCAAGAAGGAUGAGAAGAGAACCGAGUUUAAGAAGAAGAUGGAGGAAAUGGGCGAAAAGAAGGAAGCUAGAGAGCGUAGAGAAAAGCAGGAAUACUGGCGCAAGGAGGGUAAGAAAAGGAAAGGGGAGGAUGAAGCCGGGGGUGGAGGGAAGAGAAGGAGGUGAUGAAGCACCUAGGCCUAUGGGUUUGGAUGUUUAUAGAAUGAAAGCUUUGUAAUGGGAUAGUCAAAGUUGUCGAGUAUUAUACGGGACAAAUGGUAAUAAAAAAUAACAUGAAUGACCUAUCCUAUUUUCAAAACGUUGGCACUUUGAAUUUCCAACCAUGUUAGCCCCUUUUUGGAACAGGCGGGGAUUUGGAACGCGGUUUACACCUAAAUCA